AUGCAAGGGGAAAGAAGAGAGGGAGAUAAGAUGAUGGAUGAAGAAGAGAAGAUCAAUACUUUUUACGCUUUGGUUAGAAACAUACGAGAUGCCCAUAAUCAAAUGUCGACUGGUUCUAAAGAGAAAGGGAAAGAAAAAGAAGGAGCAGAAAAAGAAAUGAAACCAGCCUGGACCCCAUCUUUCACUUGGGAAGAUUUUGCUGAGGAAGAUCAUGAGCAAUUCAGAGGCGAUCUUGUAAUGCUCCCACCUACUUCUUCUAAGAAUAUUGAAGAUCAACGACAACCCAAAACAGAUCAGAAAAGGCAAGAUCAAGAUUUAGAUCUCAACCUCUCACUUUGA